UUUGCUAUUUCUGCUACUCCAACUAUUUUACCUUGGGAUACGAACCUGUUGUUUCAAGGGUCGUACCACUUACCUAUUUCUCUCAAUAUGGAUUCAUCCUUCGACAGUGUCCGAGUCAGUGGAGAGUCAGACUCCCUGCUCAGUUUUUCCGACGCAAGGAAACAAUUACUAACCUCUGAUGCACUGACAAAUUCUUCACAGUUCAAUCCCACUCUGUUCACUGCGAAUUCUCCUCAUUUCGAUUCGGUUGUAUCACAUGGCGAUUUAUCCUAUGUUGCUCACUCUGCCGUUGCUUCUUCAAACACGGAUCAUCAGUCCCCUUUGACGAAUUCUUCGCCUACGUACCAGUUUGAACCCCCCAAUCUUCGGAAUACUGCUACUACACAGUGUCCAAGUGAGAUCCCGUCAGCUAACCGUUGGUCAGGCUAUAGCUCGCCGGCUUCAGUCCCAUCUUCGGUGUCCGAGUCACCGACAGUUUAUACACCGUCGCUGCUGCCAUAUGCUCGAUACGGGCUGCCUUUUCCAGAGCCUUCGGUUGCAUAUAAUGUGUCCACACCAUCACCUGCAUCUGCAGAUGUUGAAGCAGUAUACCCUGUUCAACGUAGCGCUAACACUGAUACAGAAUUUUUUCCCUCCACACAUGAACGCCAGCGCACUCAUUUCCGUCGACUGUCGCCUGCAGAUCGUCGUGAACAGCGUAAGAGUCAUAAUGUCAGUCGCUUUUCCAACAGAUCAAGCAGCACACACAUUCACGACCAGAGUCGCUCGCCUGAGAUAGUAGAAUGGUCAAACACAGCAUUGUACGUUGCACAACAAAAAGACUAUGGCCUUCGGCGAGCUUUCAGUGGGCCUCAAGAAACCAUUCAGUCCAGUGCUGCCUCUUCCGGCUCUUCUUUUCCUCCCCGACCUCGACCUCAGAUUCAUCAUGGAGGAAGGUUCAGUGACAGCCAUAUAACUGUCGCACCCCCGACCCACGAUGACAGCGGCAUCCUUGCAAUAUCAAAAGCAAAGAUGUGGACUCUUGCACAGGAUACACCGACUUUUGACGUCGAUGAUGAUGUAUUUGACGGUUCAGAAGCAGUUUCCCCGAAGAAACAAGUAGCUUCUGAUGCUCUGGUCACUGCCGCGACCGGCAGGCGCAAGAACGAGGCGGCAUUCCAUUGCGAAUUUCCCGGCUGUGAGGCGACAUUCACAGCCAAGCACAACCUUCACAACCAUUUGAAUUCUCACUUUGGUAUAAAAUCGUUCCGCUGUCCUCGAUGUCUGCGCGAUUUUGGGACCCCGCAUGUGUUGCGACGACACCAGCUCAUAUGUAAAGGGAAGAAACGAUUCCCGCCUCCUGGGCAGCCAGGUUAGAUAUCGAAAUGUGUAUAUUCCGUUUCAGACCACGAAUACUGUAACAUUGCUUUGGCUAUGCCAGUUCUGAUAGCAGUUGUAUGUAUUGCAAUGAAGGCAUUUGUGCGAUUCGUAACGUAUAUAAGUGAUCCUUUUAUCAUAUCUUGUACUCAUUAUUUAUCAUGGAAUUAAAGAAAGAAAAACUAGAAUUUCUGAUUGCAAUAGGCGCCGAUUGAACAAGCGCCUAAAGCUGUGGAAGGCUCCAUUUUUGGACGAAAGCA